AUGCUCCAUUCCACUUUGGCCCUCUGCCUCUUGAUGAUUACAGUUUCUUCCAACCUUGCCAUUGCUAUCAAAAAAGAAAAGAGACCUCCUCAGACACUCUCAAGAGGAUGGGGAGAUGACAUCACUUGGGUACAAACUUAUGAAGAAGGUCUCUUUCAUGCUCGCAAAAGUAACAAGCCAUUGAUGGUUAUUCACCACCUGGAAAACUGUCAAUACUGUCAAGCACUAAAACAGGAAUUUUCCAAAAAUGAAGAAAUACAAGAAAUGGCUCAGAAUGGCUUUAUCAUGCUGAAUAUCAUGCAUGAGACCACGGACAAGAACUUGUCACCUGAUGGGCAGUAUGUGCCAAGGAUCAUGUUUGUUGACCCUUCUUUGACUGUCAGGACUGAUAUAACUGGAAGAUACUCUAACAGACUGUACACAUACGAACCUCAGGACUUACCCUUGUUGGUAGAUAACAUGAAGAAAGCACUAAGACUUAUCCAGUCAGAGUUGUAAGGAAUGAUAGAAAGAUGCUUCAACUCUAAGAAGUCAAACGGGAAACAAAACGCUCUGAGUCACUAGCAAACACAAAAUGAAUAAGUACAUGGACUAUGCAACAUUACUAUUCAGAUUUGUGAACAUGUCUGUGCUA